AACUUUCUUUUUCAAAUACAGUAACUUUUUUUUCUCUCUCUUUUUCCACUUGGUCUCACUAUUAAUCUGCUUUCUCUAUAAAGCUGCUUAUCUUACAUCAAUGCUUCACCCCUUCGUUCUUCAAACCCUUUUUCAAAAAAGAAAUAUUAAUCUUAGUGUUCCCUUUUUGCAGUUAGUUAGUGGUAUUGCAUGUGGUGAGGAAUCAGCUGGUUUAGCUUUAUAAUCUAAAUCACUACUCCUUUAUAAUAUCAUCACUUAUAUAUAUACUUCUCUAUAUAUUUGUAUAAGCCUUCAUCUUUUUGUUGCUUUAAGCAUAUCUUUUCCAAAAUCAGAAUUGUGAUUUGAUACUUCAUACACCAAAAUGGGUGAGCAAGAAAAACAGGAGGAACAACCAAAGGUUGAGGUGAAGCAAGAGGAGAAGAAAGAAGAAAAGACUGAGGAAAAGCAAGUAGAGGAGAAGAAAGAGGAAAAGCAAGUAGAGGAAAAGAAGGAGGAAAAGCAAGAAGAAGAGAAAAAGGAAGAGCCAAAACCACCAUCACCAUGUGUGCUUUAUGUGGACUUGCAUUGUGUAGGAUGUGCCAAGAAGAUUCAAAGAUCUAUUAUGAAAAUGAGAGGAGUUGAAGGAGUGGUAAUUGACAUGGCUAAAAAUGAAGUUACUAUAAAGGGUAUAGUUGAGCCUCAAACUAUAUGUAAUACAAUUAUAAAGAAAACAAAGAGAAGAGCAAGUGUUAUAUCUCCAUUGCCUCCAGCAGAAGGAGAACCUAUUCCAGAAGUUGUUAAUUCUCAGGUUAGUGGACCAGAAACAGUGGAACUUAAUGUGAACAUGCAUUGUGAGGCUUGUGCUGAGCAACUCAAGAGAAAGAUACUUCAAAUGAGAGGAGUUCAAACCGCAGUGACGGAGUUUAGCACAGGAAAAGUAACAGUGACAGGAACCAUGGAUGCAAACAAACUAGUUGAAUAUGUCUAUAGAAGAACCAAAAAACAAGCAAAAAUAGUCCCUCAACCCGAACCUGAACCAGAAAAGAAAGAAGAAGAAACCAAAAAAGAAGCAGCGAAACCUGCAGCAUCAUCAGAAGAAGCUAAACCAGAAGAGAAUAAGAAAGAAGAAGAGAAACCAGCUGAGGAAGCAAAGAUAGAAGAGGGAGGUGAGAAUAGUAAAAAUGAGAAGAAUAAAGAAGAAAAGGGAGGUGAAGAAAGCAAAGAAGAAGCAAAGAAAGAAGAGAAUAAUGGCGCUACGAUUAAUAUUGAUGAAGAAGGAAUGAAGAGAAUGAUGUAUUAUUAUCAGUAUCCUCCACUCUAUGUGAUUGAAGGUAUUCCACCACCUCAAUUAUUCAGUGAUGAAAAUCCUAAUGCAUGCUGCAUUUCAUAGUACUUUUUUGGAGUUUAAUUGGUGGAAUAUGGAGGGAAAAAUGUGUUUGAAUGGAAUAAGCACUUAUAAUAAAUUGAUUUUUAAUGUAUGUAAGAUAUAUUAUUAUAUACUAGUUAAUAUAGAUCAAUGUAAUGUUGUAUAAUGCAUGUGAUAUAUGAGUAUCUUUUUCAUGA